GUUCUGAAGCUAAGCUAGCUAGGUAAUCACCUCGAGACGGACGGUGGAUUCUUGUGGAGUAGUGACAAGAAAAUGGCGGAGUGAGUGGGUUGCGCUUUGAAGGAAAGCAGCGACCCUAGGUUUCCGUAAAAUUGAAUACGAACAAAGGAGAAUCACAUAAAAGCUGUAACUUUCAUCGAAAAUUUUACAAACAAGAACAAUAUUGCCCCUCUCGCGGAGGUGGUACAAACAGAUUAUCGAACGGGGUUUCGCAGUACCACUGGUGUCAUUUCGAUAGCUCGACGCUAGCGGGCUAGCGACGAGGCACUCUGGGCGACGGACAAACACGGCACAUUAGAAGUGUUUUCAGAAUAAUUGUUUGGCCUUUUUCGUGAUAUGUGUUGGGUUUAUUUUGUAUGUUUUUUUUUACUACCUAGUUAGUGAAUAACGCAUGAAAAUAAACAAAGUCUAUCCUAGUUCGCUAACAUCAUUGUUUCAAGUACAUAGCCCACGACCAACCAGGAUUGUAUGUUCACGAUAUGUUCUGAUAACGAGCUGGCCGAGUAGGGGAACCGACGGAGCAGUCCCAGAGAAUACUAUUUUAAACUGAUUGGGGUUGCUCGUGAUUUUGAGGAUAUGGCAAGUAGCAGCGGCUCAAAAGCCGAAUUCAUUGUCGGGGGAAAAUACAAACUUGUCAGAAAAAUUGGAUCUGGAUCAUUUGGUGACAUAUACCUGGCGAUCAACAUCACAAAUGGAGAGGAGGUAGCUGUAAAAUUGGAAUCUCAGAAAGCCAGACACCCACAGUUGUUAUAUGAAAGCAAGCUGUACAAAAUAUUACAAGGAGGAGUUGGAAUCCCACACAUAAGGUGGUAUGGCCAAGAAAAGGACUACAAUGUCCUAGUGAUGGACCUGCUGGGACCUAGUCUGGAAGACCUCUUCAACUUCUGCUCGCGCAGGUUCACAAUGAAAACUGUACUAAUGCUCGCAGACCAGAUGAUCAGCAGAAUCGAGUAUGUGCACACAAAGAACUUCAUUCACAGAGAUAUCAAGCCAGACAACUUUUUAAUGGGUAUUGGCCGUCACUGUAACAAGUGUUUGGAAUCUCCAGUGGGGAAGAGGAAAAGAAGCUUGGCUGUUAGUUCUUCUCAGGACCCAUCUUUCUCAGGAUUAAACCAGUUGUUCCUCAUCGACUUUGGUCUGGCCAAAAAAUACCGGGACAACAGGACACGACAGCACAUACCCUACCGAGAAGACAAGAAUCUCACCGGCACAGCACGCUAUGCCAGCAUCAACGCGCACCUGGGCAUCGAGCAGAGUCGCCGAGAUGACAUGGAGUCGCUAGGCUACGUCCUGAUGUACUUCAACAGAACCAGCCUGCCCUGGCAGGGUCUAAAGGUAGGCCAGGCUGCCACAAAGAAACAGAAGUACGAGAAGAUUAGCGAGAAGAAGAUGUCCACUCCAGUCGAGGUGUUGUGUAAGGGUUUCCCAGCAGAGUUCGCCAUGUACCUGAACUACUGCCGUGGGCUGCGAUUCGAGGAGGCGCCUGACUACAUGUACCUGCGUCAGCUGUUCCGCAUUCUCUUCAGGACUUUGAACCACCAGUACGACUACACGUUUGACUGGACGAUGCUGAAGCAGAAAGCAGCCCAGCAGGCUGCGUCCUCAGGGGGACAGGGGCAACCGGCACAAACUCCCUCAGGCAAGCAAACUGACAAACCCAAGAGUAACAUGAAAGGUUUCUGAGCAGUAAGACAAUGAAAGGAAGCAGAGCAGAGUGGCCGUAGCAGGAUUUGCCUUCCAAUCACACCCCGGCAUCCAGGAUCAAAUUCACCAGAACCUGCCAGGCAUUGUGGGCAACCCUUUUUUCCUGUUAAAGAACUUUCCUUCCAUAUACUAUAUAUGUAAUCACUCUAUAUAGAUAACAUGCUCUGCAUAUAUCUAUAUAUUGGUAUGUAUAUACUAUAUCCACACAGAAAGCAGGCUUGGUAUGGAAUUUUCCGAAGCUGUAGCCUUCUCUAUUGUCCUGUCCCUGAAGAUUUUUUUUGUGUUUCUUCAAAACGGAAAACUAAGAAAUGGUUGGCUCACUGCGGAUGUUUGUGCACCUGCCAAUACUUUCCCCUUGAUACUUUCUCCCUCUGAGAGCUGCUGUUUGGGUGCCUCCCUCACCUCAUGGCUGCCUGUCAGAGCAGCUUUGCCCCCGUUCCCUCUGUCACCGAGCGUGGCAUGAUGACCCAGACACGCGUCAGUCAGAUUGAACAUUUGAAACAACCAUUUUCUCUUCCUUAUUCAACUUUUUUUCCCUCAUUCUCAAGCAAAAUGAAAGAUGUAAUCUGAAACUGUUUCCUUUUAUGAAUGAAUCCUGGGUAUUUACUAAGCAAACAUUGGAUUUAAUUUGUUUUCAUCAAAAAGGUAAUUAAGAUUCUGCCUGCAGAUAUGUGCUAGAAGAGCUUCUAAUGUGAAGAUGAAAACACUAGGUUUCUCUUUAGAACGCUGCAUUAAUAUUGUACUUCUGAAGUCUCAAACAACGAAUAAAAAAUAUGAACUCCACAAAAGUAUAUUCAUUAUAAAUUAGGCACCACUUGACUAAAGCUGUUUGUACAUUGCUUAGAAAAAAUGAUGCAUCAAUGAAUUUCUUUUGAAAAUGUGUUUGUUUCAUGUAAUUGCUAUUAUGGAUGGCCUCAAUGUUCCAUUUUUGAGACAGACAAACGUGCUCACUCCACCCGCCCUUCCUGUUAUAAUUUAUAUAUAUUUUAUAUAUAUCAGAACUUACUUUUUUUUCCAGUUUUAUAGAGUUGUCUUUCCCUGUAUUGAAUUGAUCAUUUUGGGGAAAGGGUGUUUUUGUUACUUCUUUCUAAGGGGAAGCAGAUCCUGUUGUAAAAUACUCUGGGACUUUCUCUCUGCAACUACAUAUUGCUGCUGCUAAGAGUAGCAACCGUUUCCUCAUUUUCAUUUUUUUUUAUUGCGAAGAAAGUGUUGGAGGGUUACUUUUUUAUAUACUUUGAGUCUUUUAAGGCAAGAACCAUUUGGAUUUCAGUCAGCCUGUAGUCACAACAGAUGCACACCAGGGGCUGUUUGUCGUCCCCCCCCACAUUAUUCCCCCUGACCCAGCAUUAGCUAUUUUACAGCUGGAUGUUCUAUAAAAGUGUAAUUUAUUCCCUGUUAGCAUGUCAGAAUAAAUUCCAAUGACUUGUCAGCACCACUGUCCCAGUCUGUAAUUUGAAGAACACACGGACUUCUGCCUUAUGCCUGGAUGAUGAUGGCUGUUGAAGAAGGGGGAAAAAAUAAUCAUUUUUUGCUUUCCAUUUGCUUGUCUUUACACAGUUACCUGUUGAGUACCACACAACCUUAGUAUUGUAAGCAUUGGGAAACUGGAGACAUCGGCAGGAUUGUGGAUAGAUAAGGAAAGACUUUUGUUCAAAGAUAUCAGACUCAGAUUGCUCUAGACAAAGGGACACAUUUGUGGAAAUGGUCUAAAAAGGUAUUGCUGUAAUCUAGAAAAAGCAGUUCCUGGUAAAUGAUGUUGGGUUGGUGGGUAGUUGUAGGUGCUUGUGGUGGUGUUUUGAAAAAAAAAUUAUUCCAGGAUUUAUAUCUGUAAAUAUUAAAAUGGCUUCAAAUGGC